AACAGAACAAUCUCGACCUCUCUCCACAGCACUGGAGCCCCUUUUAGUAAACUCAACCCCCAACUCCCCCUCUCUAGAACCCUCCCGCUUCAUCUCAACUCCUCUCACUUCCUCUGUCUCUCCCAUCUUCUCGUCUCUUCUCUCCCAAACUCACUCCUAUAAAACCCAUCCCACACAUCAAUCUCACUCCACACUGAAAAACAAACAUAAUAAACAAACAAACACAAGAACAAAAGCUUUCUGUAAGUAACUGAUCACGAUGGCUAGCAAAGGUGGCAAGGCGAUCGGGAUAGAUCUCGGCACCACAUACAGCUGCGUCGGCGUCUGGCAAAACGACCGCGUCGAGAUCAUCGCCAACGACCAAGGCAACCGCACCACCCCCUCCUACGUGGCCUUCACCGACACGGAGCGCCUCAUCGGCGACGCCGCCAAGAACCAAGUCGCCAUGAACCCCUCCAACACCGUCUUCGACGCCAAGCGCCUCAUCGGCCGGAGAUUCAACGACCCUUCCGUCCAGUCAGACAUGAAGCUCUGGCCCUUCAAGGUCAUCCCCGGCCCCGGCGAGAAGCCGAUGAUCGUCGUCAACUAUAAAGGCGAGUCAAAGCAGUUCGCCGCCGAGGAGAUUUCUUCAAUGGUCUUAAUCAAGAUGCGCGAGAUUGCAGAGGCGUUUCUAGGGCACAGUGUGAAUGAUGCUGUUGUAACGGUUCCUGCUUAUUUUAAUGAUUCGCAGAGGCAGGCGACGAAGGAUGCGGGGGUGAUCGCGGGGCUGAAUGUCAUGAGGAUAAUCAACGAGCCGACUGCGGCCGCGAUUGCUUACGGGCUCGAUAAGAAGUCGAGCAAUCGCGGCGAGCAGAACGUGCUGAUUUUUGAUCUUGGGGGUGGGACUUUUGAUGUUUCGUUGUUGACGAUCGAAGAGGGGAUUUUCGAAGUUAAGGCCACUGCGGGUGAUACUCAUUUGGGAGGGGAGGAUUUUGAUAAUAGGCUUGUGAAUCAUUUUGUCACGGAGUUUCGGAGGAAGAAUAAGAAGGAUAUUAGUGGGAAUGCGAGGGCGUUGAGGCGGUUGAGGACGGCGUGUGAGAGGGCGAAGAGGACUCUGUCGUCGACGGCUCAGACGACGAUAGAGAUUGAUUCGUUGUACGAAGGGGUGGAUUUUUAUACGACGAUUACGAGGGCGAGGUUCGAGGAGUUGAAUAUGGACUUGUUUAAGAAGUGUAUGGAUCCGGUGGAGAAGUGUUUGAGGGAUUCCAAGAUUGAUAAGGCUCAGGUUCAUGAGGUGGUUUUGGUGGGAGGGUCUACGAGGAUUCCGAAAGUUCAGCAGCUCUUGCAGGACUUUUUUAAUGGGAAGGAGCUUUGCAAGAGUAUUAAUCCUGAUGAGGCCGUGGCUUAUGGAGCGGCGGUCCAGGCCGCGAUUUUGUCGGGGGAGGCUAAUGAGAAGGUGCAGGACUUGUUGUUGCUUGAUGUGACUCCGUUGAGUCUUGGCCUGGAGACGGCUGGGGGUGUGAUGACUGUUUUGAUUCCGAGGAAUACUACGAUUCCUACUAAGAAGGAGCAGAUUUUUUCGACGUACUCGGAUAAUCAGCCUGGGGUUUUGAUCCAGGUUUAUGAGGGUGAGCGGGCGAGGACUAGGGAUAAUAAUCUGCUUGGGAAGUUUGAGCUCACUGGAAUUCCUCCUGCGCCUCGAGGUGUGCCUCAGAUCAAUGUUGUGUUCGACAUUGAUGCGAAUGGAAUUCUGAAUGUUUCGGCUGAGGACAAGACUGCUGGUGUGAAGAACAAGAUUACGAUUACUAAUGAUAAGGGGAGGUUGAGUAAAGAUGAGAUUGAGAAGCUGGUGAAGGAAGCUGAGAAGUACAAAGCAGAGGACGAGGAGGUGAAGAAGAAAGUGGAGGCCAAGAAUGCAUUGGAGAAUUACGCAUAUAAUAUGAGGAACACUAUAAAGGAUGAGAAGAUUGCUGGGAAAUUGGAUGCAGGGGACAAGGAAAAGAUCGAGAGUGCGGUGAAUGAGGCUAUAGAGUGGCUGGAGAAGAAUCAGUUGGCUGAAGUGGAUGAGCUUGAAGACAAGCUGAAGGAACUUGAAGGACUCUGCAAUCCGAUUAUCGCGAGGCUGUACCAGGGCGGCGGUGGUGAUGUUCCGAUGGGGGGCGCUGGUGAUAUGCCUGGUGGUGGCUAUGGUGGUUCCGGUGGCUCUUCUGGUGCUGGGCCAAAGAUUGAGGAAGUUGACUAAGUGGAUUGAAGAGAGUCUUGAGCAAUUAGGAAAGCCUUUGUGUUAUGAGUCUUAUUGCUAUGUUCUGUCUUUUCAGUCGAGUUUGUAGAAUGUAGAAGUUUAGUACAAGUCAAUGUAAUGUCUCUGAAGAGUUUGAGUUAUUGCAAUAAAAAGUAGUGUUGGUGUUAA